AGAAACGCAGGGCAGCUCGUGAGCCGGCUGGACGCCGCCGAGCGCCGGAGAGGCAACAUGCAGAAGAGCGUGCGCUACAACGAGGGGCACGCCUUGUACCUGGCCGUGCUGGCUCGCAAGGAAGGCACUCGGCGGGGCUACCUGAGCAAGAAGACGGCGGAGACGAGCCGCUGGCACGACAAGUGGUUCGCGCUCUACCAGAACAUGCUCUUCUACUUCGAGAGCGAGCAGAGCGCCCGACCCUCGGGCAUGUACAUGCUGGAAGGCUGCACCUGCGAAAGGGCGCCGGCCCCGAAGGGGGGGUCUGCCGUCAGCGCCAAGGACGCGGCGCUGGACAAGCAGUUCUAUUUUACUGUAUUCUUUGGCCAUGAGGGGCAGAAGCCACUUGAGCUCCGUUGUGAAGAUGAAGUAGAUGGAGAAGAAUGGGUAGAGGCUAUUCACCAAGCCAGCUACUCAGAUAUUCUGAUUGAGAGGGAAGUAUUAAUGCAGAAGUAUAUUCAUCUAGUUCAGAUUGUAGAGACAGAAAAGAUUUCAGCCAAUCAGCUGCGACAUCAGCUUGAAGAUCAAGAAACAGAAAUUGAAAGGCUUAAAUCAGAGAUUGUAGCUCUCAAUAAAACUAAAGAACGGAUGCGACCAUACCAUGGCAACCAAGAAGAAGAAGAUCCUGAUAUAAAAAAAAUUAAAAAGGUCCAGAGUUUUAUGCGUGGCUGGUUGUGUAGAAGAAAGUGGAAGACAAUUGUCCAAGAUUAUAUUUGUUCACCACAUGCGGAAAGUAUGAGGAAGAGAAAUCAAAUAGUUUUCAAUAUGGUUGAGGCUGAAUCGGAAUAUGUGCAUCAACUUUACAUCCUUGUAAAUUGUUUCCUAAGACCAUUAAGAAUGGCUGCAAGUUCAAAGAAGCCACCAAUCAGUCAUGAUGAUGUCAGUAGCAUAUUCCUCAACAGUGAAACUAUAAUGUUUCUUCAUGAAAUAUUUCAUCAAGGUUUAAAAGCAAGAAUAGCAAACUGGCCAACUUUAAUUUUAGCUGAUUUAUUUGACAUUCUGCUACCUAUGCUGAAUAUUUAUCAAGAAUUUGUUCGGAAUCACCAAUAUAGUCUCCAAGUGCUUGCAAACUGCAAGCAGAACAGAGAUUUUGACAAACUCUUGAAGCAGUAUGAAGCUAACCCUGCAUGUGAAGGCAGAAUGCUUGAGACGUUCCUUACUUACCCCAUGUUUCAGAUUCCUAGAUAUAUUAUAACCCUUCAUGAACUUCUGGCUCACACACCGCAUGAACAUGUGGAAAGAAAAAGCCUUGAGUUUGCUAAAUCGAAGCUAGAAGAACUUUCAAGAGUGAUGCAUGAUGAAGUGAGUGACACAGAAAACAUACGGAAAAAUCUUGCAAUAGAAAGAAUGAUAGUUGAGGGGUGUGACAUAUUAUUGGACACCAGCCAAACCUUUAUACGGCAAGGUACUCUUAUUCAGGUCCCUUCAGUUGAGAGGGGGAAACUUAGUAAAGUGCGCCUAGGAUCAUUGUCUUUGAAAAAAGAAGGAGAAAGACAAUGUUUUUUAUUUACAAAACACUUUUUGAUUUGCACAAGAAGCUCUGGAGGAAAGCUGCAUCUACUUAAGGCAGGAGGUGUCCUCUCAUUAAUAGAAUGCACACUCAUCGAGGAAACGGAUAUGAGUGAUGAUGAUUCAAAAGGUUCUGGACAAGUUUUUGGACACCUUGACUUCAAGAUUGUGGUGGAGCCAGCAGAUGCACCUCCUUUUACAGUUGUCUUGUUAGCCCCUUCACGGCAGGAAAAAGCAGCAUGGACAAGCGACAUUAGUCAGUGUGUUGACAACAUAAGGUGCAAUGGUUUAAUGACCAUCGUAUUUGAAGAAAACUCCAAAGUUACUGUGCCACAUAUGAUCAAAUCCGAUGCUCGUCUUCACAAAGAUGACUCUGACAUCUGCUUCAGCAAAACAUUAAAUUCCUGCAAAGUGCCCCAGAUUCGUUAUGCAAGUGUAGAACGCCUUUUGGAGAGAUUAACGGACUUGCGAUUUCUCAGUAUUGAUUUUCUCAAUACUUUCCUACAUACUUAUCGCAUAUUCACUACUGCUACAGUUGUACUGGAGAAACUAUCAGAUAUAUACAAACGACCUUUCACCUCAAUACCUGUUAGGUCUUUGGAAUUAUUUUUUGCAACGAAUCAAAACAACAGAGAACACAUGUCUGAUGCAAAAUCACCACUUCUCUGCCGUAAAUUCUCUUCUCCUCCACCUCUUUCACUUUCUAGGACUUCUUCACCUGUCAGAACCAGAAAACUGUCAUUAAGUUCUCCAAUAAAUUCAAGAAUAGGGGCUUUAGAUCUAUCUACUUCCUCUCUUGCUAGCAGUCCUACCUCAACAUAUAGUCCUGCCACAUCACCUCCACCAACACUGUCUAAAGUACCACUGGAUCUUAGCAAAGGUCCUUCCUCUCCAGAACAAACUUCUGGCUUUUCAGAGGAGAACUCAGAGAACCCACGUAUUGAGCUUUGCAACAAACUAAGAAGAAGCAUCCGAAGAGCAGCGGUUCUAGAAUCUGUAUCAGUGGACCGCACCAUUCCAGAAAGUGCCUCAACUGUGGAUACUCCUGAGCUCUCCCCAUGUAGAUCACCUUCAACUCCUCGACAUCUACGUUAUCGGCAAGCAGGGGUACAGGUGACUGACAACUGUCAUUGUUCUGUGUCUCCUGCUUCUGCUUUUGCUAUUGCUACGGCUGCAGCUGGCCAUGGGAGCCCACCAGGAUUUAAUAAUUCUGAACGAACAUGUGAUAAGGAAUUCAUAAUACGCCGAGCAGCCACGAAUCGUGUUCUGAAUGUCCUUCGCCACUGGGUCUCAAAGCAUUCUCAGGAUUUUGAGCUGAACAAUGAACUCAAAAUGAAUGUUCUGAAUCUUCUAGAAGAAGUUUUAAGAGACCCCGAUCUUUUGCCACAAGAAAGAAAAGCUACUGCAAACAUCUUGAGAGCUCUCUCUCAGGAGGACCAAGACGACACCCAUUUUAAAAUAGAGGACAUACUGCAGAUGUUGGAGUGUCCAAAACCAGAGUGCUUUGAAACAUUAUCCGCCAUGGAGCUUGCUGAACAAAUAACUCUCUUGGAUCAUAUUGUUUUCAGAAGCAUACCCUAUGAAGAGUUUCUUGGGCAGGGUUGGAUGAAACUAGAUAAAAAUGAAAGAACACCUUAUAUCAUGAAAACUAGCCAACACUUUAAUGAUAUGAGCAACCUUGUUGCAUCCCAAAUUAUGAAUUACGCUGAUGCUGGCUCACGAGCGAAUGCAAUUGAGAAAUGGGUAGCAGUGGCAGACAUUUGUCGAUGUAUGCACAACUACAAUGGUGUGCUUGAAAUCACAUCAGCCUUGAACAGAAGUGCAAUCUACAGACUGAAGAAAACUUGGGCUAAGGUUUCUAAACAGACCAAAGCACUAAUGGAUAAACUUCAGAAGACUGUAUCAUCUGAGGGAAGAUUUAAAAAUCUCAGAGAAACACUCAAGAAUUGUAAUCCCCCUUCAGUGCCAUAUCUUGGGAUGUACUUGACAGAUCUGGCAUUUAUUGAAGAAGGAACACCCAAUUUUACUGAAGAAGGCCUUGUCAAUUUUUCCAAAAUGAGAAUGAUAUCACAUAUUAUCAGGGAGAUACGCCAAUUCCAACAGACUUCCUAUCGUAUAGAACAUCAGCCAAAGGUCACUCAGUACUUACUUGACAAGAGACUUAUCAUAGACGAAGAUACUUUGUAUGAACUAUCCCUAAAAAUUGAACCCAGACUGCCUGCCUGAGAAGUUUUGUUCUUGAACGUACAGAGAACUUUAGUGUAAUUAUGCAUGGCAUGUCCCUACAUAAUGCAAAGGGGAAACAUUGAGAAGAAUUCAAGGUACUUUUCCCGUUGUGGGACACAGGGCUUCACAAAGAUUCCUUUUCAAGCACAGAGAGGCAGCAGCUAGAGGUGAAAAACAAACUGCCAGAAACAUGGAUUCAAUGGUUGUUGCUCUGUAAAGGUAAUAGUUGAUGGAAAAGAAACUGGGAACUAAUAAGGAAGUGAGGAAAUUGUGGUCAUAACUAUAUUGAGCCUGGUAAUAAAAGAAUAAAAUGAACUUGAGAUGCCACACUCUAGAUUCCAAUGAAUGAGGAAAUGCCAGGAUAGAGAAGUUUUACCUACUGUUAUGGGAACAAAACACAUGUUCCACAAUGAGCAUGCAAGCAUCUAUUUUUUAAAUGCAUUUUGCAUUUGUUGAUGUCCAAUUUAAACAAUUUCCAUUUAAGAAUAAUAUCCAUCUUUAAGGAAAACAAAAUAUAUUUAACAAUAUCCAAUCAAUUGCUUUGUUUCCUGAAACAUUUUAUUGAAAACAUUUCCUUUGUAAUUUAAAUUUGACAUAUCUCCAGUUUCUAACAUUGACAGAAGGCUGGGAAAUAGUCAUGUGAUGCAUUGGAAGUUAGGAUAAUAGUGUAAGUAGAUCUUCCCUUCUCUAGAAGUGUGACAAGGUUUUCUAGAGUGCAAAUUAAUAAACUGUCUUACAUGGUUAGCACAUAUACAAGCUGCGAUUGGACUUCUUGGAACAUUUGAAACUUAAGUUCCAUAGACAAAGAUGAUUCUAUAAUCGAUGACUUUCAUAUUUUAUGCUUUGUUUUCACAGCACGUGCAUUAUUCCUAUAUAUUUUGUUAAAAGUAUCUACCCUAAUACAGAGAGUAUAAUGUCUGCUCCAGAGUUUUCCAUAUGAUGAGUGUUUUUCCUCCAAUCUCUUUCGAAUGCUGCUGCAAGAAUGUAUCUCAGUACAAGAACUGAACAUUCCUCUUCCCUGCAGCAAGUGGGCAACACCAUAACAUCCGGACCCACCACAUAGGCAUCAAAAGUCUAGUGAUAACCCAGGAUUGGGUCAGUCAUAGUAGGGAUAAGCUAUUUAGGUUUCCAAGCUCUUUAGAGGUGACUUUGAAGAUAUAGAUGUUGUCAAUUUAGCAGACAAAUCACAUUACUGCACAAUUAUUGGGAGGGAGGACCACUACCCAUUGCACUGUGGUGUGCAUUCAGUACCAUUGAGCAUCACACAAACUGUAUCACAUUUGUCUUUUUCUCUCCAUGUAUAUCUUUAAAUGGAAAUUACUCCAGUGUCACUGUAAAUGUAAUGUCUGCAUCAGCUUAUAUCUCUGACCUAACUGCUUGACUGUAUGCAGUUGUGAUGUGCACAUGAGCUGGGACUGCCCUGUUUUCUUGGAAUGAGUGUGCAUUUUCCAACAGAUUGUAAAUGGGAAGCACCUACUUGUGGGGUGUGUGUGUGCAUGGUCAUUCUGGAACUCUGUGGAGUCUUGAAUUGCAGCUAUGAUCUUGUGAGAAUUACUAAUUAUUUUGCAUUUACACUGAUGUAAUGGCAGGAAGGAUAGAUAUAUUUCUCUUCAAAUGAAGGAUAAUGUUCAAAAAGCAGCAGUUUGUCAAUUCAGUGGAUAAACAUAACCAUACUUUUGUCUCUUUUAAAAAAAUUACAAAGGGGGUGCACGAUUCCCCCCUUCUGUACUGAUUCCUUUUGAAGCAGGAAUAUGUACUAAAGAUAAGAAGGUUUAAAUUCUACUGAAUUCAGUGGAUUGAAUGUACAAGAAUAUUACUGCUGAAAUCAGUGGGACAACAGUUGGCUUGUAAUAAUCAGUGAUAGCUUUUUUUUCCUGUUUGAUCCCAGGGUGGUUAUAUAAAUAUGUUAAAGCAUGACACUUCCUGCGAUCCUUUGAAGAAAACCACUCUUUCCCUGCCAUUGCACAGAAAAGUGAGACAUAAUGCAAAUAUUAGCACUGUUAAAUAACUAGACAUGGAAAAGUGUCCUUACUUUUCCAAUAAUUAUCAGCCAGUUGAGAAAACAGGGCUAAAUACCGUUAUUUACCUUUAAAUCCUCUCAGGAAAAUAACUGCUAAAAAAAUAUUGCCAUUUAGGCAUAUUUUAGCUGAUAUUUCUUGCCAGUCUCACUAAGCUGCUAAAUUUGUUCUUAACCAUGAAAAACAAACCUGCCUAGCUUCUGUUUGCUUGUGUGUGGUUUGUUUGUUUGUUCGUUUUGUCUUUCUCUGCACUUUAAUUAUAUUGCCCAGACAAAAGCUGAACAAUAAAUUCAGUUAUUGUCUAACUGUAAAUGCUAGCAUUUGUAAAUUAUCUGUAAUGUAGUAAUUUUUAAUCAUUUCUAUUUAAGGAUCUUUGCUGAAAUAAAUAAAUAAAUGCACGAUUAGCCAGCAAGGAAAUUAUUGCCUAAUGAUCAGUAAUAAUAAUUACUGGGGGUGAGGAGAGAUUUAGAAAUAGAAACUUCCUGUGGCAUGUUUAGGUAUUGCUGGUUAAGGAAUGCAGUAGGUGUGAAUA